AGUCAAGUCGAUGGUGGACACGAUGAUGAAGACGACGACGAACCAGACAGUGAAGCUGAAUCCUUUACACCUGCUGCAGGCGUCUCUAGGCGAACCGACGCAGUCGGCAGCACCGCUAGUACUCCACGAGGUCAACGUUCAGGCGCUGGCCCGCUGAGUGGGGCUUCUCUAGGUGGAGCGCAAGGGAAUUCGGACACCGAUGAAGAUGAUGACGAUCUGGUUCCGGCUACUCCAGGAUUGACACCGUGUCACACGACUCCUCGGCAUGGGCCCCGAUCUUCUGCGCAUCCACUUACUCCAGACGGCUUGUUGGCCAGCCCACUAACCCCGCUCUCUGUUGGCGCUAGUCUAACCGGAGGAUUGUCUGAAUCUCGUCCGAAUCUUUCUGGCUCCGGUAAUCUUGCAACUGGUGCCAAUGCUUCUGUAUCCGGUUCUCGUCAAGCCAAUCAAUCUCUUACAGGACGCACUGGAACUCAACAAGUAUUGGUAGGCCGUCGAAUAGGUGAUAAUGGGGACAGAGCAGCAAAACGUCGUUUCGCAUCGCCAUUUCCGGCAGGGGGUAAGGACGAGUUUGACGAAGAGUAUGAAGAGGGAAGUGAAUAUUGCGGCGAUGAAGCGGAGAUUAUGACCACAACUACCUUAACUCCAGCCGGCAAAGGUCUUGAGCUUUUGAGCCAUCAUUCAUUUUUGCAAUCGAAAUAA